ACGAAGAUGGCGGCUGCAGAUGAUACCCACAACAAUCACAAACUGAGCAGAAGGGGGACGACAUGCAGUGUGUUUAUCAGCCAGGAGAAGCCCAACACGAGCCAGCCUGUGAUCUUCAACCCGGACUUCUUCGUGGAGAGGCUGAGACACGAGCAUCCACAGGCCUUCGCGGAUUUGGUACUAAGCAACAUCACUCGUCUCAUAGACCUUCCCGGGGACGAGUUUGCCCAGCUCACCGGAGAGUCCGAGGCGAAGGUGCCCACCACCGCUGGCUUCCUCCGCUCCUUCAACUUCCUGAAACGUAAAGACAAAGGAGUGGUUUUCGGUGCACCAUUAACCGAAGAAGGAAUUGCACAGAUCUAUCAGCUCAUUGAAUACCUGAGUAAAAACCUUCACGUGGAGGGGUUGUUCCGUGUGCCGGGCCACAGCCUCAGGCAGGCGGCCCUGAGAGAGAUGCUGAAUGCUGGGGCAGAGAUAGAUCUAGAGACGGGCGACUUCCACCCCAAUGAUGCGGCCACACUGCUCAAAGCUUACCUGGGAGAGCUGCCAGAGCCUCUGCUCACGCACAGACACUAUCAUGCCCACCUGAAGAUCGGAGAGCUGACUCGCUUUGAUGAUGGAGGGGAAAAGACGAGUGUGCCUGACAAGGAGCACCGGAUCGAAGCGUUUCAGCUGCUUUUCAUGCUGCUCCCAGCAGCCAACCGCAGCCUGUUGAAACUGCUGCUGGACCUGCUGUACCACACGGCUCGGAAUCAGCACAUCAACAAGAUGUCUGCUAUCAAUCUAGCUACAAUGUUUGCUCCACACAUCAUCUGGCCCAAAAAUGUGAUGGCAAGUGAUCUGCAGGCAAGCAUCGAGCAACUGAAUAAUGGCAUCGCGUUCCUCAUCAGGCACUCGCAGAAACUGUUCAAGGCACCUACAUACAUCAAAGAAUAUACCCGCGUGUACUUCACAGGAUCUAAAACUCUCCAAUCAAAGGAUGACUUGACACUCUGUUCUGGGACUCAAGAUGUACCUGUAACAGCUGCCUCCCCUUCUCCCUCCAUGAGAACAAGAGGUGAGGUCAGCAGCAGCUCCACCACCAGGUCCUUUGAGACCCAGAGUUACACUGAAUCUGCCCUCAGAGAGCUGUACCGGCAGGCCAACAACAUGCCGGAGUCUGCCAAAAAGAAGAAACUCAUCAGACAGUUUGAUAAGCAGCCUUUGCGGACGCCUUCGGCUGACACACGGACACCCUUCAGCAGGAAACAUUGGCGUUCACGCUCUUUGGGUGGAAUUAUCAAGAGGAAGGUGUUGGGAAGCCAAGUGUUAACGGAGAAAGAAAACGGCAGUCUGCAGAGUCCUCUACCCAGCGGCCGUUUGAUGGCCAGGCAAGAGAAAACACGAGCUGUGGAGGAGAUUCUCUAAAGGAAUGCGCUGUUCGCAACUAAGGAAACAUCAGGCUGACUGUUAUGUGCGGGGUGUAAAAUCCACAGUGUAAAGCAAGGCAGUAAAGUUUGUCUUAAAGGUUAUGAAGAAAGCAAGAAAACCACCCGAACGUUUUACUUAAGCUAGGGCAUACAAAAGGGGUUAAAUAGACCACAUGCACUAUUGUAAGUCAAUGUUAUUGACCAGUUUUCUUACCCAGUCUAUUGUUUCACAUUGUUCAGUGACAUGUGUUAACACCAGUGAAUUUGUGGCUAUUUAGCUUUACCGUUGACUGAAACAUGUAUUUAUUUCGUAUUGGUCAUCUGUGCGUUUCGAGUCCCGGAAUCGAGUGCAUCAGAUGUAUUGGAUUAAAUGUGAUGUGCAGGCUUUUCUAUUUAAAUGUUAAAUUUGUUUGUAAAUUAUUGUAGGUUUAGUUGAACUCACACAGUCGAUGCAGAGCGUUCAGGACUUUUAUUAGAAAAGUGGUAAAUUCUGAGAUGUUCCUUAAAGUGAAUAUAUCUUAAAUUACUUCAUAAUGUAAUUUGUAUUCAACAUUUUCUCUUUAAAUUCCAGAUAGCUUUAAGUGUGUGCUGAAAUUUCUCUACAGAAUAUAUUCAAAUGUUGGUAAACUAGGGCAGUGAAGACUAGUGGAGGUUGGGAGAUACCGAGUUAAAAGGACCAUCUUGUGUAGAUUAUAUGAAUUGUUUCUACUAGCGCAAACCUUCUCCGAUACUAAAGAAUACUGAUAUUUAAAAACUACUACUACUUUUUUUUAAUUCUAUUUUUAUCUUUUAUUUUCAAAGGUUACUGAAGAGAAAUGUGUUGUUUGCCUGUUGUGGUUGUUAACUCAGGUGCUUUCUGGGAGAGUUUAACCUGCUUGUUGUCUUCAAGCAGUUUCCAGAUCAGUCUCUCAUGUCGCCACGCUGUUACAAUUCAAGUAUAAUGUGAUGCUUUUUCCAACAUGUCACCUGAUGGCAUUGAUGCUACUGUGAAGCUGUGCAACUCACUGCAAUUAAAAGACAUCAAGCUCA